AAAAAAAAAAACUUGCUCACCAGUGAGCAUAAUAUAUAUGAAUAAAGAUUUCCCCAACAACUUAUUAUUACAAAACCAUGUGAGAGGAAUCAUGGAAGCUAUCAAAUAUAAACACAUCUAGCCAACAUCUUAUAAUUUCUCUUCCUUGUAUAUAUUCAUCAAGCCUUUAGUCUUAUAACAUGUCAAUCUCCUUUUAUUCUCCUAACUCUCAACAUGAAAAACUUGCUCACUACUUUGUUUAUUUACUUCUUAUUUAUCUUGUUUCUCUGCAAUAACCACAGCAAAUAUGUUGUGAGUUUUAGACCACAACGGCGAGGAGGCAGAUCAACAAGAUUCUAUGAUUUCAAGGUGCAAACUACUAGUAUAACUAAGUUAUGUAACACUAAAGACAUUCCAACCAUCAAUGGAAUGUAUCCAGGUCCAGUUGUUUAUGCUCAAGAAGACGAUAAAGUUAUCGUCAGAGUUACCAAUGAAUCCCCAUACAAUAUCACAAUCCACUGGCAUGGCAUCCGUCAGAGGCUAUCGUGUUGGUCUGAUGGCCCUUCUUACAUUACACAAUGCCCCAUACAAACUGGACAAAACUUCACUUAUGAGUUCACUCUGGCACAACAGAAGGGCACAUUUUUCUGGCACGCUCAUGUUUCGUGGCUUCGAGCCACUGUUUAUGGUGCCAUUGUUGUUUACCCUAAGAAUGGUGUUCCUUACCCUUUCAAGUUCCCAUAUGAAGAGCAUAUUAUUAUUUUAGGAGAGUUUUGGAUGAAGGACAUGGUGCAAAUUGAGCAGGCAGUUUUAGCUGGUGGCGGAGCCCCACCACUGGCUGAUGCUUUUACCAUCAAUGGCCAACCCGGCCCUAAUUAUAAUUGCUCUACUGAUGAUAUUUUUAAAAUAGAUGUGGUUCCAGGGAAGACAUACUUGUUAAGGUUAAUCAAUGCAGCUUUGAACCAGGAGCAUUUCUUUGCCAUUGCAAAUCACAGAUUGACAAUUGUUGAAGUUGAUGCAGAGUACACAAAGCCAUUGACCACGGACCGAGUCAUGCUCGGGCCGGGGCAAACCCUAAUCGUCUUAGUCACAGCAGAUAAACCUAUAGCAAGAUAUUCAAUGGCCAUGGGACCUUAUCAAUCUGCUAAGAAUGUCUCAUUUCAAAAUAUAACAGCAAUAGCUUACUUCCAGUAUUUUGGUGCCACAGCAAAUGGUUUAAGUUUACCUGCAGCUUUACCACAUUUUGAUGACAAUCUUGCCGCUAAGACAGUCAUGGACGGGCUUAGAAGUCUUAAUCCUGUUACUGUUCCUAAAGAUAUUGACAGAAACCUAUUCGUUACAAUUGGACUAAACGUGCAAAAAUGUCGGUCCAAGAAUCCCCAAAAAGAUUGUCAAGCUAAAGGUGGUGGAGUCAUGGCUGCUUCCAUGAAUAACAUCAGCUUUAGUAAACCUAACAUCUCAAUUUUGGAAGCUUACUACAAGAACAUCAGUGGGUACUUCACUCAAGAUUUUCCUGGGGUACCCCUGAAGUUUUAUGAUUUUGUGAAUGGGGCACCUAAUAACCCUCCUAAUGACACAAACUCACUGAAUGGAACUAGGACCUAUGUCCUUGACUAUGGGACCAAGGUUCAACUGAUCCUACAGGACACCAGCACCGUCUCCACGGAGAACCACCCUAUUCAUCUUCAUGGCUACAGCUUUUAUGUUGUGGGUUAUGGCACCGGAAACUAUGAUCCAGAUACAGCCAACUUCAAUCUGGUGGAUCCACCAUAUAUGAACACAAUUGGAGUUCCAGUAGGUGGAUGGGCUGCCAUUCGAUUCGUUGCUGACAAUCCAGGUAAUAAAUUAGAAACUAAAUUUCAUCUCAUAAUUAUUACAGUCCGUUGUACUAAACUCACAGAUGGACCAUUUUCAUGCACAGGGGCAUGGUUUAUGCACUGUCAUUUGGAGAUACAUUUAUCUUGGGGCUUAUCGGUGGUGCUCAUUGUGAAGAAUGGGGAAGGGCCAUUAGAAAGACUUCCUCAUCCCCCAAAAGACUUGCCCAGAUGCUAGAUAUAUGUGGUGUUUAUUAGGGUGGAGGUUGAUAACAACAAACCUGGAAAGUUUAUAUGUUUCCAAUUGGAGAUUCUUUGACCCACCAAGUGUGCAAUAGCUGAUACACUGAUUUUCUUUAUUCAAAGAAUUGGCAAUUGUUGACAUUUAUAAAUUUGUGUAAUAGAAUCGGAACUUGUCUCUCAUGUUCA